GGAGAUGUCGGGAGGCGGAACCUGAUAAGGGAGGUUACGGUUACGGAGGUUGAUCAGCCUAGCAGGGAAGAAGACGACGUAUUACGUGCGAGUGAGCUAUAGUUCCGUACGUGUGCGCGCGUGAAAGGUUACUUGGAGAGGAACAAGAUAUAAACUGUAGUGCUCAGGAGGCCCGUGAUAAUUUGAUUUAAUAUAAGAAAAAGAAGGGGAAAAAAUGCCUCACAGAACCACUUACUUCUUCCCAAGGCAAUUCCCGGAUCGCAGAUUCGGUGUAUCUUCGAAACAACCAUCUGAUCAAGAUCACGGGAAAAAGGUAAACUCAACUACCGUAUCUACUUCUUCUCCUUCUUCCUCCACCAUAUCCACUAGUAUCGCUGCUUUCAAUACCACCAAAGAUGCUUUUUCCAUCGAAAACGACACCAAGUCGUUGUCGUCUACGACAACGACAUCUACAACGAAGAACCAGUUCACGGUCAACACAGCCAAAGCUUCAGCUGUAUCCGAGCUUUUCACGAGCCACGAGUUCAAGUCCCAAACCAAGAAAAAUCAUCACCACCACCAACUACAACAACGGCGACAGCAGCAGCAUCAGGAAGAGCAUUUCGCUGCCUUCUGCGAUUGGUUAGCUGAGAAGAAAACCGAGCGUCGUUCCAGUACUACCAAUACUAAGUUAUCUCGAUACUCAUCCUGUGAUGAGGAGCGUGAGCUUCUUCUCCCGCCGGAUCCGACAGCACCUUCUGCGGUGGCGCCGGCGACGAGGUCAUCGGUUGUGAAGGACCGAAGUUUGGACAGGAAUUUUGAUCGGCAGGUUUCAUUGCCGAGGGUUUCGAGUGGGAGUAGCUAUGCGGGGAGCUUGUUCUCUGGGAUCACCACUUUGGAUGGGAACUUGUCUGGUGAUGUUAAGGACUGCCUCUCGAAGGUUUCGUCUUCGAGUAGGCAUCAUGUUGUGGAAGGUGCUGCUGGUGGCGGUGGUAGUGAUGAGAGUAGGGAGGACUCGGGGGAAAAUAUUAGUAGCUUGGCGCAGAGGUCGAAGGAGAGUUACUAUCUGCAGCUUACUCUGGCCAAAAGGCUUACUUCUCAGGCUUACCUUGCGAGUGAACCGUCGCUAAUGCAAGUGUCUGGACCCGAAACUUCCGACGCUGAAACCGUUUCGUAUCGCCUUUGGGUUAGUGGCUCAUUGUCUUACACUGAUAAGAUAUCAGAUGGGUUCUGCAACAUUUUGGGGAUGAACCCAUAUUUGUGGGUGAUGUGCAAUGAUGUGGAGGAAGGCAAACGGCUACCACCAUUGAUGUCACUUAAAGCAGUUGAUCCAAGUGAGACAUCCAUGGAAGUGGUCCUGGUUGAUAGAUAUGGAGACUCGCGCCUUAAGGAGCUUGAAGAUAAAGCACAAGAGCUGUAUUGUGCAUCAGAAAAUACGCUAGUAUUGGUGGAGAAACUAGGAAAACUUGUUGCCAUCUAUAUGGGGGGUACUUUCCCGGUGGAGCAAGGGGAUCUCCACAUGCACUGGAAAUUGGUUAGCAAGAGGUUGAAGGAGUUUCAGAAGUGUAUCGUGGUCCCCAUUGGAAGUCUUUCAAUGGGACUUUGCAGGCAUCGGGCUAUUCUUUUCAAGAAACUGGCGGACUACAUAGGUUUACCUUGUAGGAUAGCUCGUGGAUGCAAGUAUUGUGUAGCAGAUCAUCGAUCUUCUUGUCUUGUUAAAAUUGAAGAUUCCAAGCAGUCAAGGGAGUACGUAGUUGAUUUAGUUGGGGAACCAGGAAAUGUUCAUGGUCCAGAUUCCUCAAUCAAUGGAGGAUUUCUUUCUUCAAUGCCUUCGCCGUUACAAAUUUCUCAUCUUAAAGAAUUUCAACAACCUCACAUGGAUAAUUCUCAAAUUGUAAACUCCAACUCUCACACUUCUCCUGAUGACCUAUAUUCAGGUCGUGGGACAGAAAGUCAGAAAAUUCAGGAAAGUGAUUUUUUCAAAGAUUUAGUGGGUGUUAGAUGUGGUCUUGUUAAUAAAGAUAGCAUUGUAAAGGAAUCAUCUCUGAUGUCCUCGGAGUUGAAAGGGACUGAAAAAUGUGUUGUUCAGAGCUCCAUGAUGACAUCUAUCCAGGGAAAUCAAUUGAUUAGUGAUAGUGUCAAGCAACUGACAGUAAGUGCAAGCUUGUCUAGACAAACAGAUUCGGAGGAGGCUGGCAGUGAACUUGAGAGUCAGGGUACAUUCCCUGCAAUAAGUGUAACCAUUCCCCGAUACUUGAUUCUUGAGCCAUCUCUUGCAAUGGACUGGCUUGAGAUCUCAUGGGAUGAACUGCAUAUCAAGGAGCGUGUUGGUGCAGGAUCAUUUGGUACUGUGCAUCGUGCAGAAUGGCAUGGAUCGGAUGUUGCUGUUAAGGUCCUGACUGUUCAGGAUUUUCAUGAUGAUCAACUGAAGGAGUUUUUGAGAGAGGUUGCAAUAAUGAAACGUGUCCGUCAUCCAAAUGUAGUUCUUUUCAUGGGUGCAGUUACGAAGCGUCCACAUUUAUCCAUAGUAACUGAAUAUUUGCCAAGGGGUAGCCUAUAUCGCCUUAUACACAGGCCAGCUUCUGGUGAAAUUCUGGAUCAAAGGCGACGAUUACGCAUGGCACUUGAUGUGGCCAAGGGUAUCAAUUAUUUGCAUUGUUUAAGCCCACCUAUAGUGCAUUGGGAUCUUAAAUCUCCAAAUUUGUUGGUUGAUAAAAAUUGGACAGUUAAGGUCUGUGACUUUGGGCUGUCUAGAUUCAAAGCAAACACAUUUAUAUCAUCGAAGUCUGUUGCUGGGACACCUGAGUGGAUGGCUCCAGAAUUCCUUCGAGGAGAGCCCUCCAAUGAGAAGUCUGAUGUUUAUAGUUUUGGGGUGAUUCUAUGGGAGCUUGUGACCAUGCAGCAACCUUGGAGUGGACUUAGUCCUGCCCAGGUAGUCGGAGCUGUCGCUUUCCAGAACAGAAGGCUAGCCAUUCCACCUAAUACGUCUCCAUUGUUAGCUUCCCUCAUGGAAUCUUGCUGGGCUGAUGAUCCUAGUCAACGUCCAUCUUUUGGUAGCAUAGUCAACUCGCUAAAGAAGUUGCUCAAGUCUCCGCUGCAAUUGAUGCAGAUGAGUGGAACAUAGAGGCUAAAAUGGGUACCACCAUUCACUAACCUUUAAACAUGGUAGUGAGUGAUGAUUUUAACUAAAACCUGCUUUAGUUAUUGGUAAUUAGAGACUUUAUUGCUUGUUUCCCAUCCUGAAAGGCAAUUUAAUUAAAGCCUUUCUUAUCUAUAAGGUUCUUGAUGGGAAAGCAUGCCUUUUUUUUUUUAAAUAUAUAUAUUUUAUUAUAGUCUCAAAUAAGCCUAGUUUCUAUUGUUGAAUUCUAAACAUCUGAGGAGAUGAAAAUGAACUUGGGCUGGUAUUUUUGCUUAACUGAUACUUCCUAUGGCUGUACUACAUACAAUAUAUUUCCUCAUGCACUCUGUAUUAUGAAUCUAUGAUCUUAUAAUCUAAUCAGUUGCCCAACCAGGGUUCUUACCGAA